AUGGUGGUGCUCUCGGCCUCAUUACUGUCUCGAAACGGCAAAGUGCUCGUAGCGCGUCAGUUCGUGGAGAUCACGCGCAUCCGUCUCGAGGGUCUGCUGGCGGCGUUCCCCAAGCUGCUGUCAAGCUGCUCGCGCGAGCACACGUUCAUUGACACGGAGAGCGUGCGCUACGUGUAUCAACCGCUUGAAAGCUUCUUUGUGGUCAUCAUUACGAACAAGACGAGCAACAUUGUGGAAGAUUUGCACACGAUUCAGCUGCUGGCGAAGCUCGUGCCGGACAUUUGUGCGCCGUUGAGCGAGGCGUCGAUUCGAGACAAGCAGUUUGAGCUAGUCUUUGGCUUUGACGAGCUCAUUACAGCUGGCGGACACUCGGAAAAUAUCAAUGUACAGCAGAUCCGCAUCAACAUGGAGAUGGAGAGCCACGAGGAGAAGCUGCACAAUAUGAUCCUCGAGAGCAAGCGGGCAGCGGCCAAGGAUGACAUGAAGCGUCAUACUGCGCGAAUCAAGGAGGAGCAGCGUGAACGCGCGCGUUUGGAGCGCGCAGGUAUGGGCGGAAGUGGAUUUGGAGCGCAGAACUCGUUUGGUAGCUCGUUCAGCAACGCGUUCAAGUCGCCACGCAGCGGAGGCAGCAGUGACAACUUUUUGAACAGCCCGAUGUCGUCUUCUGCGACGUCGCCGACCUCAUUUAACAGUCGUCCAGCGCCCGCUGUGUCGAAGGCUGCGGGAAUGAAGCUUGGAAGCUCGAGCGGUAGCAAGGGAAUGGGCUUAGGUGGCGGAGGCAAGUCGUUCAUGGAUGCGAUGGCAGCUGAAGACGGGCUAAAGGAAAUUCCACCGAUGAGCGCAGUCGUUGAGACUGUCCAGACGCCGGAAAUAGCAACUGCAGUCAGCCACGACCCGAUCGGUGCUGUAGUUGAAGAAAAGAUGACAGUGGUGGUGACGCGCGACGGAGCUCUCGAGCAGCUCGAAGUGAAAGGCAGUAUGUACGUGUCGGUAAACGAUCCGAGCGCUGGAUGCUGCCGCCUGAAGUUGCGCACAGGUGGCGUGGAGGGUGUCUCCUUCCAGACGCAUCCGAAGGUGGACAAGAGGCUGUACGACAGCGAAUCGGUGCUUGCUCUGCGGGAUUCGUCGAAACCGUUUCCUACUUCCCGUGUGGCAUUCUUGCGGUGGGGCUUGAAGACACAGGACGAAUCGCUGCUACCUUUGAAUAUCACGUGUUGGCCCGAGGACGAAGGCAACGGGAAGAUGAACGUGAGCGUGGAGUACUCGUUGGACCGCGACAUGGUACUGGAUAAUGUGAACAUCGUUAUUCCACUUGGCGGCUCGGACGCGCCGAGUGUUGCUAACGUGGACGGACAGUACCAGCACAACUCGGCCGAGGGCUCGCUCCUUUGGCAUCAGGAUCGAAUCAGCUCUGACAACAACUCGGGCACGCUUGAAUUCGCGAUUCGCGGCAACAACAUGGACGCAUUCUUCCCCAUCUCCGUCUCGUUCUUUUCUCGGAGCGUGUACAGUGAUGUGCAGGUAGAGGCCGUUCAGAAGAUUGAGGAUGGGUCGCCGAUUGCGUUUGGGUUCGAGAAGCUGCUCUCCACGGACUCGUAUCGGAUUGUUUAG